GAAUACGAAGGAUGCGCAGGCCGAAGCCCAUCUCUGUGUGGUUGUGGAGAAGGGAAAGAUAGCUCGAGUAGGCUCAGCAACAGACGUGGACACUUGGUGCGAAGGCAAGAGGCGAGCUCGAAAGCCUUGCGAUAUCAGAGAGCUGGGGGUGAGUCUUGGCGCAGCGAGUCAUGGUGCUUGCCUGCAAAAGGCGGGGCGAGAAUGGCUGGUCAAGCCUGGCCAGUGCUAGGCUCGUCAGGAAGUGCCCCCAAUCAAUGCAUGCUGCCAGGGCUUCAGGAUGCUCAUGGCCAUGUACUCGAGCUUGGCUGGUCCAUCUCGUCUGUCAAUCUCGUGGGAGCAUCCUCAGUGCAGGAAAUCAUUGAACGGGUCGAGAAUUACGUUGAGGCUCGACCUGACGUGCUAGCUGAUGAGGAUUUGUGGAUUGAAGGUCUUGGAUGGGAUCAAACCCGGUGGUCGCCACCCAUCUUUCCAGCUGCGUCCGAUUUGGCCUCCUCGCGCCUGUUGGCAAAUCGUCGGAUCAGCCUGAGACGUGUCGACGUGCACGCGCUCUGGUUAUCGCCUCGCGCCCUUGCAGAUGUUGAAAGAGGUGCUCGGUUCCCCCGACCCGACCAGGACGUGCCAGGAGGUCUGGUGGUGCGUGCGCCAGACGGCUCACCUACGGGCAUACUGAUCGACCGCGCUAUGGAAUUUGCCUACGCCGUCAUUCCUUCUUGGACAGAUGAGGACAGAUCUCGGUACCUGAGCGCCGCUCAGCGCUCUCUUCUCGAAGUUGGCAUCACUUCAGUCGGCGACGCGGCUGCGGAUCUGGAUACCUUGGACUUUUUGCGGAAAAGAGACGCUCAGGGCAGCCUCGCGGUGCGAAUCUACGGCAUGCUGGCUUGUCCUGCGAACAGUGCGAGAUGCAGCGACGAAGCUGCACGUCGUGGUUUCCCUCUAUUGCCGUCGCCGAGCGCCUCAAAUCGUCUGACCGUGCGAACCGUCAAGCUGUUCGCAGAUGGCGCGCUUGGAUCUUGGGGCUCCGCAAUGUGGGACCCCUACGCUGAUCGGCCGGCCUCGAACGGUUUGCUCUUAAUACCCGAGGCUGAUGUACAACCUCUGAUUCAGCAUUGGGUGGAUGCAGCUUGGCAAGUCGCAACGCACGCGAUCGGUGAUCGUGCAAACUCCAUCGUGCUCGACGCGUACGAGGCAGUCCUCACUUCAUCGGCGCACGAGGGCAAAGAUCUGAGACCGCGAGUCGAGCACGCUCAACUGUUGCGCUUGAACGACACGGCUCGCUUUGGUUCGCUCGGAGUCAUUGCUAGCAUGCAGCCGACGCAUUGCACCUCCGACAUGGGCUAUGUGGAGCAUCGCAUUGGUCUAGAGAGGUCCAGAGGCGCAUAUGCGUGGCAGUCUGUACUCAGUGCCGGCGGGCUACUCGCGCUGGGCUCUGACUUUCCCGUCGAGCUUCCUAAUCCUAUGCACGGCUUGUACUCUGCCAUCACACGCCUCGACUCGCAGGGCCACUCUCCGCACGGCUCAAAAGGGUGGUUUCCGAAGGAGCGACUCACUCGCGCCCAAGCUUUGCACGGCUUCACGAGAGCAGCGGCACAUGCGCAAUUUGAGGAACACAUCAGCGGCGCUAUACAUCCCAAUUUUCGGGCUGAUCUGGUCGUGUUUGAUAGAGAUGUCAUGGAUGAGGGCAGGACGUCGCCAAGUCAGCUGCGGGCCGCUCAGGUGCUCUAUACGCUAGUAGAUGGCCACGUGGUCUACGCUUCAACUCAGCGGUAGCUUCACAUUUGCAAUGCACCACAUCACAAUCGGGGCGCUUGCUGGGGUUGUUUUAAACUUGCAUUCGUCGUCAUGCAAAAGUUAAGACUUGCCAAAUGAUAUCAGAGUCCUCUAAGCCUUGUAGCCGUCUACGUCGGUAUUCAACGUGUAGUGCUCCCACUUCUUGGCGCGCUCCGAGUCCACCUUGUGCUUGUUGGUCAACGCAGCAUGGGCGUCG